AUGGCGUCCAGCCUCCAAAGUGUCCGGCGACUCGGUACUCGAAUUCUUCCCAAAAAUUCCUCCCCUCUAGAGAAGCACGUCAUGAAAAGAAGCUUUUCACGUGGGGUUUCCUUGUGUCGGGCUGCCAGGUUGAUAACCAGCGAUAACCAUGUCCACAGCCCCUGUGAGCCCAUGUUGGUCCCCCGGGUAUCCUUGGGGCAGCACCUUAUGGGAUGUUUGGAGAAGUACAAGGAUUUAGAGGCUCUGGUGGACAUCCCAACGGAAAGACGCAUGUCGUUUUCACAGCUGCGUGACGCUGUCAUCCGGGUCACCAGCGCUCUCAACAAACUGGGCAUCAAGAAAGGAGAAGUCGUGUCAUUGUGCUCUCUGAACUGUCUGGAGUAUGUUGUGUUGUGUGUGGCUGUGCUCAAUGUCGGUGCAGUUGUCUCCCCUAUUAACCCAGCAUCAACACCAGAGGACAUUGCCAGACAGAUGAAGAUCUGCGGUGCUGUUGCCAUGGUAUCAGGACCACAAUUCAUUCCCAUGGUUAAUGCUGGUCUUUCAAAUAACACGAAUGUAAAGACAAAGAUCGUGCUUGGCUCCUCUGACGGCUGGCUUCCCUUCUCAAGUCUGAUGGAGGACGACGGUCAGGCCUUCUCUCAACCCCAGGAUGUCGAUCCCGAGAAGGAUCUAGCCUUCCUCCCUUACUCCAGCGGAACCACUGGCUUUCCCAAAUCUGUGAUGCUAACACAUGCCAAUGUGCUCACCAAUUUGAUUCAAUUUGCACAAGUGUUUCCGCCGGAAGCUGGAGUUGACCGGGUGCUUGGCUACCUCCCCUUCUUCCAUGCCUACGGACUGAACGGUAAAAUUCUGUACACCUUGAAUGGCGGAACCUCGUUGACGAUCAUACCUAAAUUUGACGAAAAUUUUCUCCAGACCAUGCACAAAGAAAAGAUCACAAUCCUUCAUCUUGUACCGCCUGUCUGUGUUUAUAUGAUUAAAAACCCGAGCAUCAAGAAGCAUGGCUUACCAUUCGUGAAGCGGGUUGUAUCUGCGGCAGCUUCUCUGACCAAGGACACCAUCCUGGAGUUCGAGAAGGUCACCGGUCUCACUGAGCUCGGACAAGGAUAUGGACUGACAGAAACAUCCCCUGUUGUCACGUUUGAUGCUCCUCCCACAAACUACGGCUCAACUGGACAGCUUGUUUUUGAUACCACUAUCAAGGUAAUAGACCUGAAGACAGGCGAAUGUCUCAGUGCGGGACAAGACGGAGAAAUUUGUGUUAAGGGACCGCAAGUCAUGGCCGGUUACUAUGGCAACCCUGCGGCUACGGCCGACGCUUUGCGAGGUGGUUGGUUUCAUACGGGUGACGUGGGCCACUACGAUGAAGAAGGCUAUCUGUACAUCACAGAUCGUGUUAAGGAGCUUAUCAAGUACAAAGCUCAACAAGUUGCUCCUGCGGAGUUGGAGGGCCUGUUACUGACCCACCCCUGGGUACAAGAUGCAGCUGUAAUCGGUGUACCCGACCCUGAGGCAGGAGAACUCCCUAGGGCGUACGUCGUCAUCAAGCCAGGCGCUACCAGUGACGUCACACCCGAAGCUGUGACUAGUUUCGUUAAUGGAAAAGUGGCCUCCUAUAAAAAGCUUCGUGGUGGCGUUCAUUUCAUCAAGCAGAUUCCCAAGUCACCUUCGGGAAAGAUUUUGAAGAGAGAAUUGCGAGAAUCUCGCAGCUGA